AUGGACAAUCUCGAGCUAGCUAUCGAGCAGCCUAUUACGGACUAUAGUACUAGCAUUUAUAAGAGCCAAAGGGCUGCUGCAAAGACGUAUAGUAUCCCGUGGAGCACCCUACAGGUUCGACUCAAGGACGCGACCAAUAGUACGAUAUCGCAUCAACACCAGCAGCGAUUAACGCCAGAUCAAGAUGGGUUUUCAGUUAAAUGGAUACUUGGGGAAGCUACGCGAGAUGGUUAA